GGGGGCAGUAGACGGUCAACUAUAACCGGAGACCACGGGGAUAUACCUGAAAUUAGAGGAGGUGACGUCUGUGCGCGCGCCGCUUGGUGACGUCAUCACCGCGCGACACAUGUGGAGCUGACCCGCAGAAUGAGCAGGGGCUCUGGUUCCCAACAGGGGAGUUACGGCAAGUGGACAUUGUCCAGUAGCGAAGAUGAGUCCGAGGAUCAGGGGACGUCUUUUAGAUCUGAGGUGAAACCCAGCGCCAGCCCCCCUCCUCCUCCUCCUCCCCAGUAUCCCGGCUCGGACGCCCGGAAGGAGUCUUACAAGAGGAAGUCAAAUCCUCUGAAGUUUGAGGAGAUCCCCGGUAAGGAGCCAUCACCAGCCAAGAAGCCGAAAAUAGACCGAGAGGAUUCAGGUUGGUGUCUGUCCAGCAGUGAGGACGAGUCCAAACCGGAGAGGAGGGUGAAGUCAGAGAGAGCCGAGACGUCAACGAAAACGGAGGCGCCAAAGCUGAAGAAGGAAAGCGGACAUAGCCCCGACACCCAGGACAAGUAUAGGACCCCCAGCGACACUCAGGACCCCUGGGAUGUUCUGCAGGCUGGCGAACCUUUCCGCUUUUAUUUGACUAAAGUCACAGGGAUCAAGCCCAAGUAUAACACUGGAGCGCUCCACAUCAAAGAUAUUCUGUCUCCUCUUUUUGGGACUCUGGUGUCUUCAGUUCAGUUUAACUACUGCAUAGACGUGGCCUGGCUGGUGAAGCAGUACCCGCAGGAGUUUCGGGAUAAACCAUUAUUGAUCGUUCAUGGGGAGAAGCAGGAAUCCAAAGCUCGACUACAUGAAGAUGCUCAUCCCUAUGAGAACGUCCGGCUCUGCCAGGCUCGGCUGGAUCAGGCGUUCGGCACUCACCAUACGAAAAUGAUGCUGCUCUUAUACGAGGAAGGACUGCGAGUCGUCAUCCACACCAGCAAUCUGAUCCGCGAUGACUGGCACCAGAAGACCCAGGGGAUCUGGCUGAGUCCUCUGUAUCCCAGACUGCCUGAGGGGUCUUCAUCAUUAGCCGGGGAGUCAAUAACCAACUUCAGGGCUGACUUGGUGGCUUAUUUGACCGCGUACAACUCUCCGAGCCUCAGGGAAUGGACGGACAUCAUUAAGCAGCACGAUCUGUCAGAGACCAGGGUGUAUUUGGUGGCAUCGACACCCGGGAGGUUCCAGGGAUAUGAGAAGGAGAAAUGGGGGCACUUCCGCCUUAGAAAGAUUUUAAGAGAGAAGUGCGGCCCCAUCGCUGGUGUGGAAUCUUGGCCGGUGAUUGGGCAGUUCUCCAGUAUAGGCUCAAUGGGAACCGAUCAAAGCAAAUGGCUGCAUUCAGAAUUCAGUGAGAGUAUGAAGACCCUGGGGAAGGGGGAGAAAACUCUGCCGCAUUCCCAAAAACCCCUGCAAUUGAUCUACCCGUCUGUGGACAAUGUUAGGACCAGUCUGGAAGGAUAUCCAGCUGGCGGCUCCCUCCCGUACGGGCUCCAGACGGCUCAGAAGCAGCCCUGGCUCCACACCUUCUUCCACAAGUGGAAAGCAGAAACAUCCGGCCGCAGCCGAGCCAUGCCGCACAUCAAGACGUAUAUGCGCAUGUCACCGGACUGCCGGGAGCUGGCGUGGUUCCUGGUGACAAGUGCAAACCUCUCCAAAGCUGCAUGGGGGUCUCUGGAGAAGAGCGGGACCCAGCUGUUUAUCCGGUCCUAUGAACUGGGGGUCUUAUUCCUGCCAUCUGCCUUUGACCGCCCCAGUGGAACGUUCCAUGUGAAGCUGAAUGUCUACGCCAAGAAGGGAGAUUCUACAGGAUCCUUCCCGGUUCCCUUUGAUUUACCACCUGAGCGAUACACUGGAAAAGAGAGGAGUAUGUACUGUACCGUGAUUGGCCAGACAAGUAAAAGAGGAACUAAUUUGUAUAGACCCUGGAUCUGGAACAUUCCAUAUGUUAACGCUCCGGACUCCCACGGGAAUAUCUGGUGCCCCUCGUAGGACCCCCGACCCCCUAUAGAUGUGAAGAAGAGACGACAGGACCAGCACUGGAGCCCCGAGCGCAGAGGUUUCAGUCCGUCAUGUAGCAGAAUUUUUUUUUACGUUUUCUCACAAAAAUAAGGAAAUGGAGAACAAUAAUAAAAUGUAAUUUCUAUCAUGGAA